UCGAUGAUGUAGCUAUGUUCCAUUCUUUGCCUGGUGGGGUCGUUGGUGGCCGGUGAAGCAAAACGGACCCUGGUGUUACGGAGGAACAGGAGUAGCAGGAGGAGGAGCAACAGUGUGCCUGGAUGGGUCGAGGCGAGGCCAUCCCAAUUGGGACAUGCCCCCAUUACAUAAACCGAUAUCGGCUUAAACGCAUACCCGCGGCGCUGCAGCAUCACACUUGCUCCUCCUCAUCCAGGACCAAGUACGGUGUACCAUGUCCCGCAUCCCCUCUCGUCUGCAGCCUUUGUGCCGUAGCUUCAGCCUGACGAGCAGACCCUCCAUCACCAAGACCAUCCUCCCCUCCGCGCCCCGAACCACCACCCCAAUCCGACCACCAUCACCACCACCAUCACCCUCACUUACCACCAUCACCACCACCACAACCACCACAACCAGAACCCUCACCACCACUACUACUCCCCCACGACACCCCCAAAAUGACCACCACCCUCGACCCGCGCUACUCGCAACUCUUCCAAACCCUGGAAGCCCAAUUCCGCAACACCACCACCCUCCCGCCCGAAAAAUGGUACAUCCUCGCGAUCUCCACCCUCGUCAGCAACCCGGACCCCGAACGCGCCGACCAACUAUACCUCUACCUGAUCUCUCAAGCAGCGUACCAAACGCCGUCAGCCCGACAAUCCCUCGUGCGACGCCUGCGCGAAGCGCUCUUCAAAAGCGUGAUCAUCGUCGGCGUGUGCAAGCCCCUCGAGGCGAUCUUCGCGAUCAACGCGAUCGAAUCCCCCUCGGACAAAGACUACACCUUCACGCGGGAGAACUGGCAAUGCGACGAGGCGAACCACGCGCGCGGCACCGCGUGGUUGGAGAAGCUCUACGCGCGGAAUACGUCCAGUACGAUGGAUCUGUUCGCCUCGCAUCGCGAUUUCGGCUGGUUGUCGAGGGAGAUUACCUACGGGUUGUUCUUGUCGGAUAGAGACGUGUUGGAUGAUUUGGAUACGCAGUUGGUGGUCCUGCCGGCGAUUAUGGGGCAGAAUUUGAGGCUGGAGAGUCGGUGGCACAUUCGUGGGACGAGACGGUUGGGCGUCGAGAAGGCGGAUGUGGAGGGGGUUUGUGAGUGCGUGAGGCUUGUGGCACAGUUUUAUGGGAGGGUGUUGGAUAAGGUUCCCUCUGUGGAGAGUGUGGAGGGGGAGGUUUGAUUGUAGAUCUAGUAUAUCCUGCUGAACAGGAUUCCUGCGGAUAUCAACGACUUUUCUUCUCUGUGUAAGGUUCAACUUGGUGCUGCUUUUUGCUUGCUAAGUGGCCUGGAGUAGUUGACCUGCCUGCGCAUAGGUCGUUCAAUUACUAUGCGUAGGUACUGUCCAAGUCACAUAAUAAAUCU